AUGCCGACGCUACAAGAUACUAAACUUGGUUGGGUUGUGUCCGGUCCAAUUCCACCGCGAUAUAUUCUUACUGAACGCGCUAGCUAUUCACUUUGUUUAACGACACGAGACUCUUUGGAACGUUCAAUAACAAAAUUUUGGGAGAUCGAAGAAGGCGCUAGUCAUAAUUCCGUAGAAUUAACAAAGGAAGAACAGGCAUGUGAACAAAUAUUUAAAGAAACGCAUACACGAAAUCGGGAAGGUAGAUUCGUAGUUCGAUUACCGUUUCGCGACAAUAAAACGCAGCUGAGCAAAUCGCGAGCAAUCGCCGAAAGCCGAUUGAUGUAUUUAGAGCGAAAAUUCAAGGGCAAUAUUCAUUUCCAACAUUUAUAUAAGGGUUUCAUAAAAGAAUAUAUAGAUUUGAAGCACAUGACUUUUCUUCCAAUCACUUCGAGCGAAGAUGAGAACGCCGUUUAUUUACCGCAUCACGGAAUAUUGCGAAAGUCGGUCGCCGGUGCGAAGCUUCGUGUUGUUUUCGAUGCGUCAGCCAAAACAAAUUUACAAAAGAUGUACAGACAAGUUUUAGUGCAUGACGAUGAUAGAUGUUACCAGAGAAUUUUGUGGCGUUGGUCUCCGGACGAACGAAUAAGAGAAUAUACAUUAAACACGGUGACUUAUGGAGAAGCGUGCGCUCCGUUUUUAGCAAUAAGAAGCGUUCAACAAUUAGGGAAAGAACAAUACCCGCGAGCAUCGACGGUUUUGUUGAGGGAUUCAUAUGUGGACGAUGUUUUAACGGGAGUAGACAAUAUCGAUGAGGCGAGGAAACUGAUUGACGAGUUAUCAGGAUUGUUAAAGUUAGGUCAAUUUCAGUUGCACAAGUGGCGAUCGAAUUAUGCGCAAGCAUUAUUCGGAGGAAACGAUUCGACCGAUUUCCAAGCGAUUGACGACGAGGUCGACAUAGCAAAAACUUUAGGCCUGCGAUGGUUACCGGAGUCUGACAUGCUUCAAUUUGAAUCUGAACUAGGGCGGGAUUCAAAGACGAAGCGUGAGGUAUUAUCAUCAAUAUCAAAAUUAUUCGAUCCAUUGGGAUUGGCUAGUCCAUUGGUGGUUAGAGCUAAACUCAUCUUGCAACGUACAUGGCAAUUAAAGCUGGGUUGGGAUGAUGAGUUGCCGCCAGAUUUGCAGCAG